AUGGUUGCAUUAUGGGGACCUGAUGAGAGUAACGAGUUGUUACAACUCAUGGUUGAUGCCAUAAAAAAUGGAUGGCGUGAUAGUAGUGGAGGUUUAAGCAAGUUAACUGUGGAGAAGAGGAUACUUCCUGCUCUGAAUGAAAAGCUUGGGUGUCAAAGAUCGUAUGCACAAUACCAAAGCAGAUUGAAAUGGUUCAAGAAUCGUUUUAACAACUUUUCUGAGCUUAUGCGUCAUAGUUCUGGAUUUGGUUGGGAUCCAAUAACAAAGAGGUUUACAGCUAGUGAUGAGGUGUGGGAAGAUUAUUUGAAGUCUCGUCCUACUCAUAAACACCUACGGACCGAUACGGUUGCUGACUAUGAAGAUUUAGCAUUUGUAGUUGGAAGUACUACUGCCGUAGGAAAAAACUCUAUUGGAUUGGGUGAUGAAACUGAUGCAAGAAUCUAUAAUGUUGAAGAAGAUAAUCAACAUAGAAUUGAUCAACUACAUUUUGAUUUUGUUAACGAUGGAUUUACACAAAAUGAUAUACAAGUAGAUUCUCAAGAUCCACGAUUACCACAAUAUACUUCACCAGCACCUCAAGAGAUAAAUGUAGAAGCAAGUUUGAAACUCAAGAACAACAACGGGAGCAUGCAAAUGAAUGGAGGGCUAAAAUAG